AUGUCUACAAUUUCCUCUCCUCGCCCCUCCAUUGCGUCCUCGCGUGGCCACUCCCCUGCCCCUCCAUCCUCUCGCGCAUCCCUCGAACCCAUAAACACAGGUGUCAGCGCCAAUCUCAGUGCAGCAUCAACACCCACACGAGCAAUCUCACCAAACCCACGACGAAACCGAUCCGCUCUACGUGACUACUACAAUCUCAAGCCUCCCGGAUCCGAGUCACCCGCCCUCAGAUCCCCCAGUGUACCCCGAAAUACUGAUGCAGGAGACAUCUCCAACCCAACGACUCUGGCCUCAGGGACGGAGCUCGACAAUGCCGAUUUCGAUCCACAGGGCUAUGUGGACCAUCUCCUCUCAACAUCUUCCUUGUCCACAAUUUUGAAAGCAGAGAACACACUAGUUGGGGAUAUUCGGACAUUGGAUGGAGAACGGAAAGCGCUCGUCUACGAUAACUACUCUAAACUGAUUCGGGCUGUCGAAACAAUUGGCAAGAUGCGGAAGAGCAUGGAUGAGCGCGGUGCGCCAUUGACUAUGACAAAGACAUUAGGUCCUGCUAUUGCGUUUGUAGCGGAGACAGCUGGUGGUUUGAUUAAGGAGGGCGAAGAGCAGCGGAAACGGAUCAAAGAGGCCCGGGAACAGGAGCCAGUGUCAGAUAAUAAAAAGGAUCAGAAGGAGACUGUGAGAUGGGUGCUUGCGGCGCCGGCGCGACUUGAGAGUCUUGUGAAAGAAGGGAAAACCGAGGAAGCGGAGAAAGACUGGAAUGAGAUCCAACGACUGCUUGAUGCUUGGGGCCAGGUGAAGGGUGUUGCUGAGGUUCGUGAGGCCUGCCAGAGGGCCAUGGGUCAGGCGAACCAAGAGAAUUGA